AUGGGGACCCUCCGCGCGGCAGGGCUGUCACACGGGCUUGUCCUCUGCUGGGCCUUCUGCGGACUCUGCCUGGCCUCUCCGGACUACGACGAUUAUUCCCUGAACGGCACCAAUGAGCAGCCGUCAACACCGGAGAACGCGCCGUGUCCUCGCGCCCUUCCCGGAGAAGAGGUGACCAUAGACAACAGCACGUACCUGGUGAUGCAGGCGGCCUCCCGCGCGCAGCUGGCCAGCGCGGUCACGGUGCGCCUCAUCCCCUGCCUCUACACCCUGGUCUUCCUCGUGGGGCUGCCUUCCAACGGGCUGGCCCUCUGGGUGCUGGCCACGCGGGCCGAGAAGCUCCCGUCCACCGUCUUUCUGAUGAACCUGGCCRCCGCCGACCUGCUCCUCGUCCUGGUGCUGCCCUUCAAGGUGUCCUACUACUUCUCGGGGCACCACUGGCCUUUCGGGGAAGGCUUGUGCCGGCUCAGCACUGCCUUCUUCUACGGGAACAUGCACUGCUCGGUGCUGCUGCUCACUUGCAUCAGCGUCGACCGCUACCUGGCCGUGGUGCACCCCUUCUUCUCGCGCUCCUUCCGCACGUCGACGCUGGCCGCCCGCGUGUGCGCGGCCAUCUGGCUCUGCGCCGCCGCCUUCACGCUGCCGCUGGCGCUGCGGCGGCAGUCGUACCCCCUCUACGGAGGGGACGUCACCGUGUGCCACGACGUCCUCCCCCGGCGCCAGGACGACGGCUACUUCUUCUACUACUUCGCCUGCCUCGUCGYGGGCGCCUUCCUGGCUCCUCUGCUGGUGACGGUGCUCAGCUAUGGCGCGGUGCUGCGGGCCCUCCUGCGCAGCGGGAAGCGCUACUCGCACUCGGCGAAGCUCACGGCUCUCGUGCUGCUCACGCUCGUGGCCUUCUACACGCCCAGCAACAUCCUCCUGCUCGUCCACUACUCCAGCUCCUGCUCCAAGCUGCGCGGCAACCUCUACGUCAGCUACAUGGUGAGCUUGGCCGUCAGCACCUUCAACAGCUGCGCCGAUCCCUUCGUCUACUACUACGUUUCRGAGGACUUUCGGGAUAAGGUGAGGAGAAGGUUCUUCAACAGCAGCAAACCCACCACUACGUCCCUAAAGACAUCCAAAGAAACACUCCCUCCAAAAAGUUCCAAGGAUUCGCUGGCAUGA